GGGUUUGAUCAAACCCAGAUCUGGGUUCUCUAGCUUCUUAUCGUCUUCUCCAACAUGUUGCAUGUUGUUUUUGUGUUCGGAAGCCUUGGGCUUCCGAGUUUUGCUGCUUGAGCCGCCGGGUUCUCCGGCCGCUCAAGCCUGAUGGAGCCGGCCUGCUCCCUGCUCCGAUGACCCAAUGAGGUUUCACGACUCCUUGCUCCUUCACACAAAUCUACCGAGCUACACGCUGGAAUUCCCAGAUCUGGUCUUCGCCUGCACAGUUUCUCGCCUCGACAUUAUUUUCUAUUUUCUCUUCUUUGCUGCUGCAUUGUCGUCUUCUCUGUCGUCUUCAUUGUCGUCAUCUUCGCCGUCGUUGACCUCCGCCGUCGUUGACCUCUACAAUUCUUCUGCAACAGAAGCAGGAGUCACCUUGGUGUACUCCAAGAAGUUCUGGAUUUCUUCAAACGAAACCCAGAUCUGGAGAGGAAGAAGAAGAGGGGAAGAGAGGAGAGAAAAAGAAUAAGAAAAAUUAAAAAAAGUCAUGUGGG